CAGCACCACCUCGCCACCAGCUCGUCUCUGCCAGCCGCAACCCAACAAGAAACCGGGACGUGUGUGAAAUCCCCGGGCGGCUCCAGAGGCGGACCCAGCCCCAAGAGCGAGGGCGCUACCUCGGCAUUUGGCUUUACUUGGGCAGCGCCUGUAAGGGCGGGCAGCGCUUGUGAGUGAGUGAACGGAGGGCGGUGCUUGUGAGUGGAGCCGCGCUUGUGAGUGAGGCAGUGAGGGAGCGGGUGUGCGGUGCUUGUGAGUGAAGCAGGGAUGGAGCGGAGGGUGAGCGAGCAAGCGCGCAGGCUGGCGGCGCGGUGCGGUGCGGCCAGGCGAGGACAUGCGGGUGUUGACGCUGCUGCUGAUGGGGUGGCUCCUGGACUUCUUGGGCAACCUGCAGCACUGCUCAACAGCAAGCUCUGUGUGUGACUCGUGUUUUACCCAUUGCAUCAAGGUACCUUACACCUGAGUGAGCGCUGUGCAAGUUACUCCACCUUGACCCAGCGUUCCAAGUUAUCAGAGCCAAACCUCGGCUGGAAAUAAGAUCUAAAAACUAAUAAAAAUAAACAGUGUCGCAACUACCUGUCUCUUUUUGACCCAGAGUUUAACGCUGACAAGUUUAGUGCCAUUCACGCGACCACAGCGUCCCACCGCCGCCAAAUCAAACGGCAGGGGAAACCCUUUGCCGAGCCUGACCCUGCUGUUAGAACCACCCGGUUCCCGGCUGGGACAACCCUCGGCCGGACCCAACGCCCUCUCCCCACCGCCGCCGUUUAAACCGUUCGAGGUGUUUUAAACCGCGGCAGCGACCUCCGUCAUGGCAACGCCGCCGUCCCUCCGCUGCAGGCGGAAGGGCGCUGUGUCUCCUCCGGCGCACAGUGAUGAUGCAGCGGAUACGGGAGGCGGUGGGACCCGCAGCACCUUCAUGCCACCUCCGUCCGGGCACGGCGGUACCGCCGCUGCGGGGCCCGCGAUGCAGAUGAAGCUGUGCGGGGCGGCCGGCGGGCGGCUGGGGAAGCUGGUGGGGCUGGGCAGGAGCGGGGCCGCUGUGCUGCCGCUGCCGGGGUGCCUGCUCUACACGCGGACCGGCUCGGCGCCGCACCUCACCCACGACACCCUGCAGACCGUCGGCGGUGUCCCCGCCGUGGCUCAGCUCACGCUGCCCGCCCUGGCAGAAAUUCAUGACGUCCUGGAAGAAUAUAAAGAAGGAGCUGCAAAAUUUAUAGGUAUGCCAGACAAGGUGCUGUACUGCUCCCUUCUUGACCCGGUCACUCCCUGUCCGUCUGGCUACAACACUAACAAGACAGUGUCCCUGUGGGGAAGCUCAGGGCGCAUGGAAAUCACAGCUUCCAAGUUCAUGGACAUCCAGCGGGCUAUCCAGCCAGACUGGUUCCAGUGCAUCUCUGAUGGAGACACUGUUGCUGGAGAAGCUGGUAGAAAAAGGGCCAAGAAGUCUGUGGAUAGGUCACUUUCCUUCCUGGAUGCAUGCCUUCAGAUACUAGAAGAAUCACCGGAACUACAAAGAAGUGUAAUCUUUGGGGCAAUUGAAGGUGGAGAUAUCUUGGAAGAGAGGCUCAGAUCAGCCAGGGAGACUGCCAAGCGACCUGUGGGUGGCUUUCUGCUAGAUGGCUUCCAGGGAUGUGCCAUGGCCAAGGAGACCAAGUUGAAACUGAUAGCUUCUGUCACAGCAGAGUUGCCAGAGGAUAAACCAAGACUCAUCCAUGGUGUAGGCAAACCAGAUGAGGUGCUUGAGUGCAUUGAAAGGGGUGUGGACAUUUUUGAGAGCUUCUUUCCCUUCCAAGUGACAGAGCGAGGCUGUGCCUUGGUUUUCAGUUAUGACUGCCAUCCAGAUCCUGAAGCAGCAGUUUUCAUGCAAAAUGGGGCCCAGGACCUGGAGAAGAAUGGUGCUGAAGAAGACCAGGAUGAAAUCCCCAAAGCUGACCCAGAAAUGACACCAUUUGAGAUAUUUCUAAAGGACAAAAGAUACCAAGACGAUUUUCGUCCUUUGCUGGAAGGAUGCACGUGUUACUGUUGUCAGAGGCAUACCCGCGCCUAUGUCCAUCACCUCCUCGUGACCAGCGAGCUGUUGGCUGGUGUCCUGCUCAUGAUGCACAACUUCCAGCACUACUUCGGUUUCUUCGAAGCCAUACGGGGUGCCUUAAGAGACAAUAAACUGGAUCAGCUAAAAGAGUUUGUCUUCAGGCAGGCACUUCAAACCCCAGCAAAUGCGAAGCCAGGCCAGUGACUUCAGAGACCAUAGAGGAGGAUGCAGGCUACAUCCUUAUCUAGUGGGACUGCUAAGGUGGACUGCCAGCAGGGUCACCUGGACCUGUUAGUAGUAAAAUGCCUGCUUUCCUGGAGGGAACUGAAGGAGACAUUUGAAGAAGAUCUUUCUUCUGUGGGGAAGGAAGGUCUUACUCAAACAUCCCUUUCAGUUAAUUGGCUUAAGUGUAUUCUUGGGGUACAGAAGAGCCUGAAUAGCUCACAAGACCAGUAUGGAUAGCUUUGUUUUCAGUUACUCACUGUUGGCUUUCAUGUGGAAGGACAGAAUUAUUGAACCUGUGACUGAAGAAGCAGCAGGCUAUGAAAGUUGGGGCUGUUCAGGCUGGAGAAGAGAAGCUGCGUGGAGACUUCAGAGCAGCUUCCAGUGUCUGAAGGGGGCUACAAGGAUGCUGGAGAGGGACUCUUCAUUAGGGACUGUGGUGGUAGGACAAGGGGGAAUGGGUUUAAACUUAAAGAAGGGAAAUUCAGGUUAGAUAUAAGGAAGAAAUUCUUUACUGUGAGGGUGGUGAGGCACUGGAACAGGUUGCCAAAAGAAGUGGUAAAUGCUCCAUCCCUGGCAGUGUUCAGGACCAGACUGGAAAGAGCCUUGGAUGACAUGGUCUAGUGUGAGGCAUCCUGCCCGUGGCAGGGGGGUUGGAACUAGAUGAUCUUAAGGUCCUUUCCAACCCAAACUAUUCUAUGAUUCUGUAUCCUUAAAAUUAAUCCAGCUGCCUGGAGGCUCAGCAGCUGUUUGGGACUCUUAUCCAAUACCCAAUGGAUAUUACAGGUAAUUAUUUUUCUAGAAAAUCCUAGUGGUGUGGUUGUCCCAUCGUGCAGCUCCUUGAUGAGAGAUCCCACCUCAGUUUAACACACUGUUCCUUGUGGCCACUGCCAGCGUCUGUGUCCCUGAAAAGAACUGCCUGGAAGUGCUGCUGUGUUCAGUGGCACAGACUGUAUGUGUACUUCUCUCUCACGCUGCCUGUGGUGCAGGAUGUUCUCUGGGCCAGGAGGAGGCCCUCCACCUCUGCCUGGCCUUAGAAAUCCCUGCCUCAGGAAUCCCAGCCUGUUACGUGAGAGCCAGAAAGAAGAGAAAGUAUGUAAUCCGUGUCCUGCUGUAGAGGGUUUUUUUGACUCUGUAGCCUUUCACCUGUAUGGACUAAUACUUGAUUCCUGCCUAGCAUGUGGAUGGUGAUGAAUGUACCAUUCUUUCCAGCUGUCCUAGCACUGGUCACAGAUCAGGCUACGCAAACAUCAGGGUGAGAUGGAGCUAUGGAAGCGAUGGAUCUCAAGAAGAAGUGUUUAGAAAAGAUUCUUGUGGCUCCUUGUUUUAAAAUAUGACUUUCUUAUGACACAUUCCUCUCAUUCAGGGUUGUUGUUUUUUUAUGCCCCAAACUUUGGAAUCCUGGAUUUAUUAAUUUUAUGUUAUGAAGCAACAAUAAAACAUUUUUGUUAUUCAUUACACUGGCUCCUCAGUGUGUGACAGAGGUGGUGUACCGGAGAGCGUGAGUGCACUGCUCAAGAAGAUGUCUCCUGGAAACGGAACCUAUCAGCCUGAUGGAGAAGCAGAGGCACAUCUUGCAGUGGGAUCCUGUCAUGAAGCAAUGGUACAAAUAAUUUGCUUC